AUGUAUGCUGAUGACACUACGCUUAAUGUAGCUGGUGACAACGAGGAAGAACUUGAAGAACGCACUAAUUUAGGUCUGCUUCAGCUUGACAAAUUCUUCAAGGAUCAUUGCUUGAGACUGAAUCCAACUAAAUGUGAGGCUAUAAAGUUUUCAGCUGGAAUUCGUGAGGAUGAGGAGACUGAAUUCACUGUUGAUGGUCACGUACUUCAGGAAACCUCAAACUCAAAGUUCCUGGGUUUGACAAUAGACCAACGAUUGUCUUGGAAGUCACAUGUGGAUGGCAUAUUGAAGAAGCUGAACUCUGGCCUCUAUUCACUCAGGGAAACAGCCCCGAAAGAAUCUUUCUCGACGGUUUUAUAUGUAUUUUGGGGCGCUGAAUUCGAAUCUGGUGGUCCGGUGGGGUUUAUGGGGGCGGCGGGGGGCCGUGUGUCCGGGGAUCUGCGUGUGUGGAAAGAGUGUGAAGUGGUCGAUGAGUUGGAGAAAUACAAAUUGAAGAUACUGGGUCUGAGUGAAACAAAAAAGAAAGUACGUGGUGAGAUGGCUGUAGAUAAGGGAUACAGUCUCUUAUAUUCUGGGGUGGAAAUGAACAGUAGAGCAAAAGAAGGAGUGGGCAUUAUAUUCAGUGGAGAGUAUUUCAAACGAAUUGUAAGCUGGAAUGCAGUCAACUCAAGGAUCAUUUCUGCAAACUUGGAUCUCGAAGAAAAGGUGUCACUUAUACAAAUAUAUGCUCCUACAGAUGAUUCUGCUGAGUUGGAAAGAGAGACUUUCUACCUAGCACUACAGGAAACAGUAGAUAAGGCACGACAAUAUGCAGAGCACUUAAUCAUAAUGGGAGACUGGAAUGCAAGAGUAGGUAAUGACAUCACAAUCGGUCAUGGAUGUUUGGGGAAGCAUGGAGCUGAGUCGGUUUUGAACGGCAGUGGCAAGAGAAUGCUGCAAUUUUGUAUAGACAAUGAUCUUCUGGUUGGCAAUUCCUUCUACAAAAAUUGA